AGCGAUGCCCGGUCCCGCCCCGGCUGCGCAGGGCGCCGGGCGGCAGACGCGCCCCGGGAAGGGCGGGCUGAGCCUGGCCCCAUCGGCCCGGCCCAAGCGGGCGGGGAUUUGCUGACCGGAGCCGCCGCGCCAUGGGGCCCCCCGCCGAGACCGACCUCUACCGGGACACGUGGGUGCGCUACCUGGGCUACGCCAAUGAAAUUGGAGAGUCCUUCAGAGCCAUUGUGCCCAUCUCGCUGGUCUGGGCGAGCUACGGGGUGGCUACCACGUAUGUGACAGCCGACGCGAUUGAUAAGGGAAAGAAGGCAGCUGUUGGCAUGCCAGGAGCCGGCAGCAGAUCCAGGAGCCAGAGAGGCCAGCUACAGCACCUCCAGGAGUGUGGAAGAGGAUGCUCUGACCCCUGCUACUGUGCUGGAGACAGGGGGCAGAGCCUGCUAGCACUGACCCACCAUCCAAUGGUAGCUAGAGAGCAAGGAGCCAUGUGCCGUGGUCUGGGGGAGCGGGCCAGGGGAGGCCUGGCUCCCUUUGAAGGGGCAGGUGGGAUCCCCAUCAGACACAGCAGUGACUUGGCAGCUUCCUUGCUGUGUGUUGGCUGCGCUGCCCAGCGGUGCCAAGCUGAGCUCUGCGGCGUGUUCCUGAUUGGUGGUACCACCCUGCACACACCAGGGCAGCACCUUCCCUGCUCAGUACAGUGUCCCUGCUCUCCAUGCUCUCUUUGCUGCACCCAUCAGGCACAUGAAUACGACGUGGGGAAGACGACGCGGGUGGCCGUGGCUGUGGUGGAUACGUUUGUGUGGCAGGCGCUGGCCUCCGUAGCCAUCCCUGGUUUCACCAUUAACCGCAUCUGUGCUGCCUCCCUCUACCUCCUGGGCACCAUGACCCACUGGCCCCUCCCCAUCCGGAAGUGGACGACCACAGCCAUCGGCCUCUCAGCCAUUCCCAUCAUCAUCAAGCCCAUUGACAAGUCUGUGGAUUUCCUGAUGGACUCCAGCCUUCGCAAACUCUAUGGUGCAAAAGAGAAACAUCCCUCUUCUUCCUGAGGCAACCCCCCCCGCCCCCAUGGCUGAAGUGGGGCAGCGGGGAGAACUCUCACCCAUCCAGCUCCACACCUCACAACUGACUCCACUGUAUUUGAGUAAUUUUCUGCUGUUAAGCCAACUUACUGUGACAUCAGGGCAGGAGAACAAGAGGGCUGGGCAGUCCUGCCCCGUGCAGGUGCAUCUCUGCUUCAGAGGCAUUAGCACCAGGCCUGAAUGGCCAGGAGCUGGUUGUCCUACCCAAAUGCUGGAAGCCUAGCUGCUUUGGCAGCAUGGGAUUUCAGGGUUGUUUCUGGUCCUUUGUGGCCUGAUUCAGGGAGUAUUGGGGGGAGGAGAAGAGGAAAAGUGGAAUUGCUACCAAAACCCCAGUGGUAUUAAUACAGGCUAGGUCUGGUAGAGGCUCUAUCUAAGUUACAAAGCCGUGGGACAGGUUAGGUUUGGCCUAUCGAGAGAUCUGCAUUUACUGUGAAAAACCCUGUUCUGGGGGUUAAUUGUACUAACUCACAUUCAUCUAACUGGCUCCAGUUCCUGGUGUUUGACUAGCCAGGUUCCCACUGUAAAACUCCUCUGCAAUUCCCUCUCCUCAGAAUAAACCGCUUUAACCUGAA